UGUGUUUAAAAAAGUUAGGGUGUUCUGGCUGUACAGAAUUCGUAUAGGAGUGUACAGCUCAAUAACAGAGAAUCUGUGUACGAGGUCGUCGUGUAGACUUCUGGGGAACAAAUUCAAAGAUGGUUGGAAUGACUAUCAAUUGACUGAAAUUGAUGGUAUGAAAAGUAAGGACCUGGCCCUUCCCUAGGGCCUGGUGAGAGAGGCCAAAGAGGGCAAAUUGGCUGAAAUUUCAACAAUCUUCUUCUUCAGAUCCAGAUAUGCUAGAAUCAAACACCCUACAUGGAUUGAAAGGUCCUAAGUCGCUAUAAGGUUUUCGUCACUAAAUAGUAUACACCCAUUAAGAAUCAGUAGACAACCAUGGCUUUCGAGCUGUUCCAGAAGAUCCGCGAAAGAUGUCGUUCGGACAGUCUAGAGAGAAUACUUACUCUAGACCACCAGCGGUCUAGUACAGUACCACAAAACCUCAAGGGAGGUAGUUCACAGCAUCCCAAGGGAGACGACCCCCAACAGCACAAAGAGGACCAUUCACAUCAUCAGAAAAGGAACAACGCAGCUGGUGAGGAGGGAGGGAAGUUGCUAUCCUCUAAGUAUUGUCCUAACACUGAUGUCACACCGGAUUGGGCGGAGUUUGAAGGAUGUUUUGCUCUUGACAUGAUGACAGUAGACGGUAAGACAAAGCUAAAGAGAAGUUUCUUCGCCGAACUGCUGGACAUACUGCUCCAGCACGUGUCUGUGUCAGAAAGUCGCACCCACAAGGUCCUGGAUUUCCACCACCCGCAUCAGCUUCAAGAGAUGAUGGGGCACUGUAUCGAGCUGGACGAAAAUGGACGAGACUUGGAACAGAUUUUGAGUGAUUGUAAAGAAACACUCAAAUACUGCAUCAGAACAGGACACCCGAGAUUUCUUAACCAGCUCUCCACUGGCAUGGAUAUGAUUGGUAUAGCAGGCGAAUGGCUCACUGCAGUGGCCAACACAAACAUGUUCACCUACGAAGUUGCGCCUGUAUUCACACUAAUGGAAGAAGUUCUUCUCCGCAAAAUGCUCAGCUUUGUUGGUUGGAAGGAUGGCGAUGGAAUAUUUGCACCAGGGGGAGCUAUUUCCAACCUGUAUGGCAUGUUGGCGGCUCGUCAUACCAGGUUUCCUGAUAUAAAAACUAAAGGUCUUGUCGGCCUGCCACAUAUGGUUGUGUUUACGUCAUCUCACAGUCAUUUCUCGAUGAAGAAAUCUGCCAGUUUACUUGGUCUGGGAACCGAGGCUGUCGUGUAUGUUGAUUGUGAUUGCAAUGGGCGCAUGCUCCCUGAGGACCUUAUGAGGAGGAUUGAUCUUGCUCUGGCUAAAGGUGAAGUACCUCUCAUGGUUAACGCCACGUGUGGUACCACUGUGUUUGGUGCAUUUGACCCUAUUAUUGACAUCGCCACCAUAUGCAAGACCCACAAUAUCUGGCUUCAUGUCGAUGGUGCUUGGGGAGGAUCCGUAUUGCUUUCUGAGAGACAUCGACACUUGUUAGCUGGCAUUUCGAGUGCUAACUCUAUGACAUGGAAUCCGCACAAGAUGAUGGGAGCACCUCUCCAGUGUUCAGCGAUCCUUCUCCGUCAGAAGGGUAUCCUGCAUGACGUGAACGCACUGGGCGCUUCCUACCUAUAUCAGAAUGAUAAGCAUUAUGACGUCACGUAUGACACCGGUGAUAAGGCUAUACAAUGUGGACGUCAUAAUGACGUGUUUAAGCUCUGGCUGAUGUGGAGGGCUAAGGGAGAUAUGGGAUUUGAAAGUCAGAUUGACAAAAACUUCAGGCUCGCCAGGUAUCUUCUGAACAGAAUACGUGAGAGACCAAACUUCAAACUCGUCAAUAACGAGAUGCAAGGACCAAAUGUGUGUUUCUGGUAUAUUCCCGAGAGUUUAGCGUGUGAAGAGGACACCGAUAGAUACCAGGUUGAGCUAGGAAAGGUGGCUCCUAAGCUGAAGGCUGCAAUGAUGGAGAAGGGCAGUAUGAUGUUAGCCUACCAACCAUUACUCGACUUGCCAAACUUUUUCCGUGUGGCAAUCUCAAACCCGGUCCUCCAAGAGUCUGAUCUGGACUUCGUUAUAAAUGAGCUUGAACUUUUGGCUAAAAUAAUAUGAUAAUUGUCACAUCCUUCCAGUCAUUAUGUUAAAAGUGUUGUGGUA